AUGGCGAAAAUCAUCAGCCUUUUUAUUAUUGUUCUUGUUCUACAAGUGACCAGGGCAGAUUUAGAUUCCGUAUUCAAAUCGUUCCUCGCAUCAGUGGCGUCGACAGGCUUAUCAACAAAAACAGAUGAUGCUGUCAAAAGUCUUUAUACGUUAUACAAAGCGCAAUUCGGUCGAAUUUCAUUACUGCCAGGUGAAAACGAUCUUCGUCUUGCCUCGUUCAAGAAUACACUCAGUGCCAUUAUUGAUAAUUAUCGACAAAAAGAUGCCACGCACACUCUGGGAUUGACUAGUUUAGCUGAUUGGACUAUUGAUGAAUUGAAUGUACUACGUAGUGGAAUUAACUUACCACAAGGUGUUAUCAAUGCAACAAGCGCUAAGCCAAGUGAUAUUUUAUUGACAUGGGAUGGUACAACAUUGCGCAAACGAAGUACCCUACCAACAUCGUAUGAUCUCACACAACGGGUUGUCAGUGGAACGAAUAUACCUGUUGUAUUACCAAUCAGAAACCAAGGCUAUUGUGGCUCUUGUUACGCGUUCGCUUUUGUUUCCUUACUUGAAUUUCAAUAUGCUGUUCAGUUCAAGAGCAACAGUGACUUAAGUGAACAACAGAUCGUCGAUUGUUCAACCAGAGAUGCGGGUUGUAACGGUGGUUAUUUCACUAACUCGUUCAGCUAUCUCCAAACGAAUCUUUGGCAGGAAAAAAGCGAAACAGUCUAUCCCUACAAAGCCAGAACUAAUAGAUGUGCCUUCUCAAGCGCAGGUGCAGGAGCACGAUUUCCAACACUUGUAUACAGGAGUGUAGCAGCAAACAAUGCUGCUGCUAUGCAACAAGCUUUGGUCAGCUACGGACCUUUGUGGGUGUCGUUUUUCGCAGGAAGCCAAGCAACACAGACAUACAAAACAAUAUCGAUGAAUUUCAAUGCUUAUCAAAGAGGUGUUUUUCAACCAGCUGGAUGUCCAACAUCUCUGAGUUCAACAAAUCAUGCCGUUGUCAUUGUUGGUUAUGGGGUUGAUGCAACGACGAAUUUACCGUACUGGAAAGUGCGAAACAGCUGGGGAACGAAUUGGGGAGACAGUGGAUACUUCAAAAUACGACGAGGUGUCAACAUGUGCGGUAUUGAAUCCGGUCCAUUCUACAUUGCAAAAACGAGUUAA